UGUCAGCUUUUUAUCUACGAGUUCAAAAUCUGGCGGUAACGAUCUUUUGUCAGUUUGGAAAAGAAGCUGUUCUUUCUUAUCUCGAAGCCUGAGAAAUCAAUGGCUGAGAAGAAACAAGUUUUCAUCUACAGAGUGGUUCAGGGACCGAGUAAUCGAACCCAUCAAUCCUUCCUCCCAUGGCCUUCUCUGCAACUCUCCCUCACAGUUCCUUCUCGUGCCUUCCUUCAUUGCCACAAGCUCUAAGGGGAAAUCAUCUUCGGAGGCUAACAAUAAGAGCUGUGAGUGCAGAUGGUUCAGGAAAGGAGAAGCCCGAACAGUCGGCAACCGCGGAGGCCUCUAAGUCUAAGACCGAGCCUUCGACAAAGACAAUAAAGUUACCCAAGAAGCCAGUCUACUCUAUGAAGAAAGGCCAGAUUGUGAGAGUGGACAAAGAGAAAUAUCUUAGUAGUGUCAACUAUUUGUCCGUCGGGCAUCCACCUUAUUACAAAGGUUUGGACUAUAUUUAUGAAGACAGAGGAGAGGUCUUGGACAUACGUAUUUUCGAAACAGGAGAAUAUGCACUUAUUGCAUGGGUUGGAAUCCCAACUGCACCAGCUUGGCUACCUACAGACAUGCUAAUUAAGUCAGAUAAGCUCAAUUACGAGAGAAUCUAAUUCAAGUUCUGAAGGCAGAAUUCCCCCAAAUCAGUUGAUGGAUGCACCUGGUUCUGGUCUUGCUAUAAAUACUUUCUGAACUGUCAUUGUGUUUUUCCAUCAUGAGUUCAUGACCAUAUGUUCCUUUUGUAUGUAUCAUCAGUUUAUUUCAAUGAAUGUAUCCAUCGAAAAGUUGGCAUUCAAGGAUCCCAUCAUGUAUCAAUCAGGAACUACUAAACAAUGUCCAUCCUCAAAUUUUGAUUCUACAGAGAAGAUCUUCAUCUCUCUAGAAUUUCUCUUA